AUGGCGGAAUGCAAAGUAGUCCAUCCUGAAGCCCCCACUACCACGUCAAACUGCGAAUCGGCCAUCUACGUGGUAAAGGGCCACGGCCGUUUCGUCGUGGGCGACAAGCUGGACAACCCGUUGCCCAUCGGCCCCGGCGACUUCAUCUACGUCCCAGCCGAGGCCGUCCACCAGCCCGUCAACGACAGCGACGAGGUCAUGGAGAUCAUCGUGGCCCGCAACACUCCGGUGGAGAUAGUCGCCGAGGUUUAG